AUGUCAGACGGAGCGAUAGUCCCACGCGAGGGCUCGCCUCAGUCUAUCUCUGAGGAGCUGGAGCGGCGUCGCAGCGAAGCUCGCAACUUGGAACUGCAGGUCUCGCGAAAGGAAGCGGAGCUCCAGCGCGCCAAGGAGGAGCAGGAGUUGCUGAAGGAGAUGCGCACAAUGAACGAGAUGAUUAUUCGGAAGAAGGAGAGGCAGCUCAGCGAGGGAGUGGCAAGUGGUGUGAAAAUUUCUCUCGAGUCGGUAGCGGAGCUGAAUGCGCUGGGGGAUGCGCUGAGGCUGGAGAACCGCAAGACGGUGGAGCUCCAGAACGAGGCUGACGUCACUUCGCACCAGAUGGAGGAGGUGGAACGAUCUCUGGAGAACGCCGAGAAACAGCUUGUAGAUGCAAAGCGCUCCACUGGGUGGGAUGUCGACCGCAAUUCUGCACGCACGGAAGCGGCCAUGGAGAGUGGGUUCAGGGAAAAGAAGAAGCAGAUCUCCUCCCUGGCCUCAGAGCAGCGUACUCUCUCGGAGUUGUCUGAGCGACUGAAGCAACAUGCUGAGGAGCUUCAGGCCAAGGUCGAGGCUACCGAAGAUAUGGACGAGCGCUUCGCGGAGGCUGAGGAGGAGCUGCGUCAGGCAAACACGCGCUAUAAGGAGUUGAUGGAAGAAGUCAAGAGUAACGAGCGCAUUCAAAAGAAAACAGAGCGCGUACUGACGGUGGCAAACACACAGAACAAGUACAAGUUCAUCCGGCAACUGGAUGGGGAAAAGAGGGUGUUGCACAAUAACCUCUCCAAGCUUCGCGAGACCAACGUGAGCAACUCCAGAUCCAUCCUUUCUCUCGAGGUUCGCUUGCGACAGCUGGAGACCCGGCUAGAGGCCGUCAACGUGUUUCUCCGUGAGGUCUUCGCCGAGGUGGAGGAUGACGAGCCCAUGGACGAUGUGCCAGAGGGUGCAGUCGAGGUGCCGCUGCACCAAUUCGAGGAGCUGAGUGCGGCACUCGAUCUUUCCCGCGAGACAGUGGCGCAGCGUGAUGAUCAGCUAGAUGAGCAUGACUGCAAGAUCGAGCAAAUGGAGCGGAAGAUUGUAAUCCUGCAGAACGCCAUCGCGUCGCGUGGGGUCUCCGCACAAGUGCAGACCCGCGGAAGGGUCAAGCAGCAGCGGAGCAUGUACGCCAGCCACUCACGGCGGCGGUCGCAGCUGCGGACAGAGCGCGAUCAGCUCGCUGUGGAAAACACGGUGCUGCGGAAUCGACUUGAGUUGUUGUAG